CGCCAUGACGUCGGAGCUGGAGAGCAGUUUGACCUCCAUGGACUGGCUGCCGCAGCUGACCAUGCGGGCGGCCAUCCAGAAGGCAGAUGCCCAAAAUGCCCAUGGGCCAGGCAUGGCCAAAAAGAGUGCCCUGUUAGACCCCAACACCACACUGGACCAGGAGGAGGUGCAACAGCACAAGGAUGGCAAGCCCCCGUACAGCUAUGCCAGCCUCAUCACAUUUGCCAUCAACAGCUCGCCAAAGAAGAAAAUGACAUUGAGCGAGAUCUAUCAGUGGAUCUGUGACAAUUUUCCCUACUACAGGGAAGCAGGCAGCGGUUGGAAGAACUCGAUAAGGCACAAUCUGUCACUGAACAAGUGUUUUCUCAAAGUGCCUCGUUCCAAAGACGACCCAGGAAAGGGUUCAUAUUGGGCAAUCGACACAAAUCCAAAGGAGGACGCGUUGCCCACGCGGCCCAAGAAAAGGCCACGGUCCGGAGAGCGGGCUUCUACACCUUACAGCCUGGAGUCAGAAUCCUUGGGAAUGGACUGUAUAAUCUCUGGAAGUGCCUCACCAACGCUGGCAAUCAACACUGUGACUAAUAAGGUGGCAUUGUACAACCCCGACCAGGAUGGGAGCGACAGUCCGAGAAGCAGCCUUAACAACAGCUUGUCCGACCAGAGCCUGGCCUCGGUUAACCUGAACAGUGUCGGCAGCGUGCACAGCUACACACCGGUGACGAGCCAUCCAGAGCCGGUCUCCCAGUCCAUGAGCCUGCAGCAGCCCCCUCAGCCCCAGUACAGCAUACCUGAGCGCGACAAACAGCUCCUCUUCUCUGACUUUGAAGAUCUCAGUGCCUCCUUCCGCAGCCUUUACAAGUCUGUUUUUGAGCAGUCCUACAACCAACAGGGUCUGAUGGGUAUACCCUCAGAGUCCUCUCAGCAGACCCAUACCUCCUGCUCUUACCAACACUCCCCCAGCAGCACCAUCAGCAGCCACCCUCACAACAACCAGAACAGCAUCACCAACUCCCACUCCAACAACAUCCCCAACAGUGGCAGUCAAGUGCCGCUGUCCCACCCACCCCAUUCUACCCACAACUCCCCUCACGGACAGCAUCUCUCCCAGCAUGGCCCUCACUCUCAGCACCCCCACAGCCAGCAUAGCCAGCAUCCACACACAGCACACAGCCAACACCCGCAGCACACUCAACACAGCCAGCAUGGGCAGCACCCCUCCCAACACCAGGCCCAUUCCCAACACCCCCAACACUCAGCCCAGCACGGGCAACAUGCACAGCACCCUUCCCAACACUCACAGCAGCAGCAGCAGCAUCAGAACCUCCCUCACCAGCCCCAUCCUGCCCAGCAACAGAUGUCCUGCAACACCGGUCUUCCUAGUGACUGGUACCCCAACCUGGAUGCACUGAAAGAGAGCUGUCGCAUAGCCAGCAGUUACAACUGGGCAGAUGUGGACCUCUCACCUUUCCAAGGCCUGAAAGAGAGCAUGAGGCAGGCAGAGCUCAAUAACUGGUCUCUGGAGCCUACCCAGAUUGCAGACCUCUGCUCUUCCAUAAACCAGUUCUUUGCCCGCACUGGGGUCAUACAGCCACAGGGGGCAUUGCAGCCUCCUGUAUGUCACAGCUCCAUGCACCCAAACAAGACUAGUCAGCACAUCAAUACAGGAAAUAUGUACAUGGACACAAGACAGAGCAUGUCCUCCAUGAUGGGUCCUGCAACCUACCCCCACAUGCCACCCAUGAGCAGUGCCGGGCCCACUAUUCCAGGACAUCAUGCACAGAUGAACCAGCAGCACAUGAUUCCCCCUGGAAACUUCCAGAUGCGGCGCAUGCCUGCUGAUGACAUCCAGGAUGACUUUGACUGGGACUCCAUUGUUUAGCUCCGUCCAAGAAUCACAUAGUGUGGUGCAGGCUAAUGAGAGAAAGCGUGAAGGAAGUACGUGUGAGUGUGUAUGCGUGUGUAAGAGAGAGAGGGCUAGACCCAGGAUGUCUGCACACACGAAGUGGGAGGCCAUUUUGGGAUCGACACUUACGAGGUGCGAGUGUCGUUCUUUUUGAUCCGAGAGAGACUCCUGUG